AUGUGGAGAAUAUGUAGAUAAUCAUGCGAGCCCUAAACAGCUUAGCCGGGGCGUAAUAAACUAUGUAUGUAUGUAUGUAUGUGCGAAUGCGUUAGAUGCGUCAGUGGGGAUGAGGCUAAGCGAGUGUUUGGGGUCAUUUGAACCGAUACGAAAAUUUAUACGAGUAUAUAUACGAAUAUAGACGAGUACAGAAGCAAGAACGCGAUCGAUCAAGUUGGAGUAAGUUCUAUACUUGGGGUAACUUCUCCCACCUCCACAAUCAACAGGUCCACACCACCCAAGAAGAAUUGAAGUUCUGCAUCGCAACUAUUUCCGCGAUGAAGUACUCACUUUAUAAAGUCACAUGCCCCGAUCAGCACAUUGAGCAAGGAGUGCCAUCCGGUCACACUUACAUUUCAUUCUUAUCUUCGUUACCUCUCACUACCCACGUAAUAUUGUGAUACAGACACAGAGAAUCACAUUUAUUGUUUGGAUUACCUCCGUCAUGGCAGACCCGACGCUUUCUCGAUCACUCGCCCGGUCCUCAGUCAUUGAGGCGCACAAUCUCGUUAAACCACACGUUCACUUCACGCCUGUCCUCACCAACAAAACCUUAACCAACCUAGCAUCAACUCCGCGUCGUCCGGAAGAUCUCAGAAAGACAAGGUGGGAAGGGUUGACACCUGCAAGACCUACGCUGAGAUUGUGGUUCAAAUGUGAGAAUUUGCAGCGAAUUGGAGCUUUCAAGGUCAGGGGGGCUUUCCAUGCAUUGGAAAGAUUGAAGAUGGAACCUGGGUGGCUUGAAAAUGGUGGAAUGGAGAAGGGGGUUGUGACACAUAGCUCUGGCAACCAUGCUCAAGCUUUGGCUCUAGCAGCUAAAGAGCUCGGGAUGCCAGCACAUAUCGUGAUGCCCGACAUUUCCCCUGCAAACAAGAUCGCUGGGGCGAGAGGCUACGGCGCCCACGUGACUUUCAGCGGCAGCACCUCUACUGAGCGCGAGACUGUUGCCGACCGCAUUAGGUUAGAGACCGGAGCACGCCUUGUACCGCCUUACGAUCAUCCGGACAUUAUCCUCGGGCAGGGCACUCUUGGUCUUGAGUUUCAACAGCAAGUCCGGGAUUUGUUGGGUGCUGGUUAUUCUACUGAGCAUCCAACAUUCGACUCUACGGGUCAAGCUCCUGCAUCCGCAGGUUGCGAAGCAGGGCUUGACGCGAUCAUUGCACCCUGUGGAGGCGGUGGGAUGCUCUCUGGGGUGGCGCUUAGCUGUGAAGGAACAGGCAUCCAGGUUUUCGGGGCGGAGCCCGAGUUUGAAGGCGGAGAUGACGGUAAACGUGGUUUCGAGACUGGAGCACGGAUCGAGACUGUCAACACUCUUUCCAUAGCUGACGGGCUCAGAACGCCCGUCGGAAAGAUACCAUGGUCAGUGAUAUAUGAGAGACGAUUAGUAAAGGGUAUGUAUAGUGUCACUGAGGACGAGAUCAAGGCGGCAUUGAAAUUGGUGUUGGAGAGGUUCAAGCUUGUAAUUGAGCCGAGCGCAGCGGUGCCUCUUGCUGUCGUCCUGUUCAACGAGGAGUUUAGGGCAAUGGUUGAAAGAGAGGCAGGGGCUCGGGGGUGGAACUUGGGAAUAGUCUUCAGCGGCGGAAACAUGGCUAUUGACGGCUUGAUGAAAAUCUUCUCAGCCUAGAGUACUAAGUAGCAAAAUUCGAGUCUUGAAUAGAAAGUUUGCAGC